GAAAAACAUUCAUUUAGUGCGAAAUGCAGAGCGCCGGAAGCAAAAUGGCUGGUGACGCCGAUAUCGACUUUCUUGGCCUUACUCAGGAACUUGAAGUUCAAGAAUUGGAGGCACCUGGUGGAGUAGCAACACCGCAGCUGUAUGGACAGCUUCUUGCUCUUUACCUCCUUCAAAAUGAUCUAUGUAAUGCCAAAUUUCUAUGGAAGAGAAUACCACAGAACAUCAAAACAGCCAACCCUGAGCUAAGUACUAUCUGGGUUGUGGGUCAGCGAAUGUGGCUACGUGACUUGCCUGGGGUGUAUGAAGCUCUGAAAAAGGAAUGGAGUGAGGCAGUUAAACCAAUCAUGAUGGCACUCAGAGAUAGUGUCCACAAGAAGGCCUUUAACCUUGUCCGAUUAGGUUACUCAUCCAUCAGUGUUGAAGACUUUUCUUUGUUUGUGGGUCUGUCUACUUCUGAUGCUAAACAAGCUGCUCUUCAAGAUGGUUGGAUGCUUGAUUCACAAUCUCGUUUUCUAACACCAAAGAAAUUAGAGUCAGUCAUCACUGCCUCACUACCAAGUGAGCAACAUUUAUCAAUUCUAACUGAUUACGUCAGUUUCCUGGAGAAUUAAGAAAAAAGCUGUCAGCAUGAUCCAAGUUUUCUGCAGUAAGAUGUCUAGUUCAAGGAAGAAGGCACACAAUAAGUAAAAUGUCAUUUUUUAAAAAGGAACAUUUGAUAAAUGUGAUAAACCUUGUGAUUAUCACACAUCAAACCACUGCAGAAGAGGGUGAGAAAUGCACACUAAGUAAACUGUUGAUGGGAAAGUUUUUUGAGUAAAAGGUCCAUUUGUGCAUGUCAGUUCUAUAGGAAGCUGAAUUGAAUUAUGGUCAUCAUAGGAGUAUGGAAGAUUUGUAAACAGUCUGACAUCAGAGAUGUAAAUAUGCACAAGAACAGGUUAGAUCAAAGAUACAGAUUUCUUGACUGCCAAAUAUUGUCACUUGGAAGUAGUUGUAAUCUCAAUUAGACCUAGUCCAACUUAAUUUUAUGAUCUUUUUGAAAAGAACAAAGAUUUUUAAAAAAUCACUUCAGAUGACUGUGAAGGCUGCUUUUCUGCUUUAAAAAAUUUCUAAAUGUAACAACAGCAUGUUAGGAUACAAGUAGAUUAACUUUAGUUUGCCAACUCAUUGUCUCAUUAAGCGGGUGAAGUAUGGAAGAGAAGCUUAAUCUAUUUGUACAUGUAUGUGUUAGAGGGAGUGUGUGUGAGAGAGAAAGAGGGAGAGUGUGCAACAGAGAAAGGGCUAGAGGGGAAGAAAGAGAGCGAGAGGCGUAUGUGCAAGCUUUUUUGUUGCAAUUUUGAAAUAAAAGAGCUACUCUUGUG